CAAAGAUUCAGAUUUGUUGUCAUCGUGGAGGGCCCCACGUCAAUAUAUUGACAUGGCUGACUACAGGAACAAUCGUAAUGGGUUGGCUCGAACCGAUGAGAUGCUGGAUGCAGAAAAUCAGCAGCGAGUGGAGAUGCUGUCCUCCAAAGUUUCAAGACUGAACAAUAUUGCUCUGGAAAUACAAACUGAGACAAAAAAUUCAAAUCUGUACCUUGAUGAUAUGACGGGAGACUUUGAGUCCACACAAGGUCUUCUGGGAGGAACUGUCAACAGAUUGUCUCACAUGGUGUCCGCUAAUAAGGGCAACCGAAAACUCAUGUGUUACAUUGUCCUGGCACUGGUGUUAUUCUUCUUCUUCUUUUACUACCUCAUAGGCAGAGUAACUGGAGGGUGAUUACAACAAGCAAGGGGGUCAUCUAGGGAAGGGCAGGGAUAUGGGUGGGGUCGUCUGGGGAG